AUGUCCACGGCUCGUCUCAGCACAAACGCUUCCGCCCGAGUCUUUGCCUCUUCCGCCCGCUCUUACUCGACCUUCUCGUCUCGAGUCGCUCGCAGCCCCAACACCCGCACUGCAUUCCAGAACGUCUCGUUUCUGGCUUCCGCUCGCAUUGCCACUGCCACCACCAACUCUUCUCUCUCGUUCGGUGUCAACACCCGUCUUUUCUCCACCACAAUGACUGCCCCAGCCAAGAUCAAGGUCUCCAACCCUGUCGUUGAGCUCGACGGUGACGAGAUGACGCGUAUCAUCUGGCACAAGAUUCGCGAGGACCUCAUUCUUCCCUUCUUGGAUAUCGAGCUCAAGUACUACGACCUCGGUAUGGAGCACCGUGAUGCUACCGACGACCAGGUCACCGUCGAGGCUGCCGAGGCCAUCAAAAAGUACAAGGUGGGUGUCAAGUGCGCUACCAUCACACCCGACGAGGCUCGUGUCAAGGAGUUUGGCCUCAAGAAGAUGUGGCUCUCGCCGAACGGCACCAUCCGAAACAUUCUUGGCGGUACCGUGUUCCGUGCGCCCAUCGUCCUGGACGACCUCCCUCGCCCGGUUCCCGGUUGGACCAAGCCCAUCGUCAUCGGUCGUCACGCGUUUGGUGACCAGUACCGCUGCCAGAACUUUGCCGUCGACAAGGCGGGCAAGUUUACUAUGGAGUUUACGCCUUCCGACGGCUCGCAAGGUCAGAAGUGGGAGGUGUUCAACUACCCCGAGGGUGGUGGAUCGGGUCUCGCCAUGUACAACACCACCGAGUCGAUCACUGGUUUCGCCCACUCGUCGUUCAAGAUGGCACUCGAAAAGAACAUCCCGCUGUACAUGUCGACCAAGAACACCAUCCUUAAGGCAUACGACGGUCGAUUCAAGGACAUUUUCCAGCACCUUUACGACACCAUCUACAAGAAGGACUUUGAGGCCAAGGGUCUCUGGUAUGAGCACCGUCUCAUUGAUGACAUGGUUGCACAGAUGAUCAAGUCUGACGGCGGUUUCCUCAUGGCGCUUAAGAACUACGAUGGUGACGUGAUCUCGGACAUCACCGCGCAAGGAUUUGGAUCGCUCGGAAUGAUGACGAGCGAGCUGAUCACACCCGAUGGCGACAUCAUGGAGGCCGAAGCAGCGCACGGUACUGUCACCCGUCACUACCGUGAGCACCAGAAGGGCAACGAGACGUCGACCAACUCAGUGGCAUCCAUCUACGCCUGGACUCGUGGUCUUGCCUUCCGUGGCAAGCUCGACAAGAACGACGACCUGAUUUACUUUGCCAACGCUCUUGAAGAGGCAUGUCUUGAUGCUAUCAGCGCCGGAAAGAUGACCAAGGAUCUCGCUUUGAUCUACCACGGCAAGGGCAUGAAGCGCGAGCACUACGUCACCACUAUGGAGUACAUCGAUGAGGUUGCGAAGCUCCUCAAAAAGAAGCUCCAGACUCGCGGCAUCGAGGCUGGCAAGCUUUGA